CGUACAUGAAAGUUGCAACUUGUGUUCCACAGAUCACAACCACAGAACAUGUUUUCACCCAACUCGCCACAUCAUUUUCCUUUCUUUGUAUCUGUAUCCUCUCUGCUGGAUGCAGAGUCAGUAGUCUGUGAUCAUGAAUUCCAACAACACUUCGAAUUCUUCUUCUUCUCAGUCAAUGGCAGCAGCAGCAGCAGAUGGCUCUUCUUCUUCUGGCAAGAAGAUCAGAAAGCCUUACACCAUUACCAAGUCCAGGGAAAGCUGGACUGAUGAAGAACAUGACAAGUUUCUUGAAGCUCUUCAACUGUUUGACAGGGACUGGAAGAAAAUUGAAGAUUUUGUAGGUUCAAAAACGGUUAUUCAGAUUCGAAGCCAUGCCCAAAAAUACUUCUUGAAGGUUCAAAAAAAUGGGACAGUAGCUCAUGUGCCUCCUCCGCGUCCUAAGCGCAAAGCAGCUCAUCCUUACCCACAAAAGGCAUCCAAAAAUGUUUUGAUGCCGCUUAUACCAGCAUCCAUUGCUUAUGCUUCUUCCGCAAAUACCCUUCCACCUGGAUAUGCCACAUGGGAUGAAACUUCUAUACUCAUGAAUGCUGGAUCCAAUAAAUCCAUGACCUAUCAGGAUGAGCUCAACAAAGCUGAUAUUGGAUCAAAGGGGAUAAUACAAAUUAGCAACAGCAGUCUUAGUGGUGUUGGAAACUCUACUAGAAGGACACCGUCGUCUGAGAUACCAAAGCAAGGGAAGCAACCUCUGGUGCUUCAUGGUUUGCCAGACUUUGCUGAAGUUUACAGUUUCAUUGGAAGUGUUUUUGAUCCAGAUACAAACGGUCAUGUCCAGAAGUUGCAGGAAAUGGAUCCUAUAAAUUUUGAAACUGUUUUGUUGUUAAUGAGAAAUCUCACUGUUAAUUUGUCUAGUCCUGACUUUGAGCCCAUUAAAGAGGUAAUGUCAACAUAUGAUGUCAAUACCGUAGGAGUUACUGAAGUCAAGAAGCAGACAACUGAUGUGUCAUGUCAAAGUGCUUAAUCACAAGCAAUUUCUUAAUAUGGUAUUGCUUUUUCUUCUCAUUCUUUUGCUUUUUUUUCCCCAACUUUUUCCCCAUUUCUUUAGUUUAUUGUAACAUCUACUUCUACAGUUAGCCAAGUGAAGCUUGGAUGGAAGUCUGAGAUUUUGCUUAGCCAGCAAUCAGGCAUGGGAGUGUCUUGCACUCGUUGUAAAGCCUGUAAAUGUAACCUUAAUCUUUUGUAAUCAUUGCCAGGGUAGUAUAUGUUAGAAAGCUGAUUUUAUGGUUUCA